AUGUCGGCGUCUUCUGGUACCGGCACUGCUCAACCGCCCACGUCUGCCAGAGAAAGGGCUCUUGCCAUCAAAAAAAGCCAAGAAGACGCACUUUCUCGACUACCGUUGAACACACUUUUCAUUGUUCUUUAUAUACGAUCAGACCCCCCUCGACUGGACGACUUUCACUGGGGUUAUUACUUCCAUGAUACCGCUCAGGGCGGAUGGAAGUACCAUAUGAGAAACCUGGGUAGUGGAUGGAUACCGGAUCACGGCCAGACUGGUGGUGUAUUCAAGUCCAAUUUCCUCUGCACCCUUGUUGAGAUAGCAAGUGUCCCAGUGGCCAAGCAAGAACAGCUCCACCAGAUUAUGAGGUCCCGCGACGGAGACGUCAAUUCUAUUCCCGGCGUCACAUGCCGCGUGUGGCUGAUGGUGAUCUUGGAGUCACUGAUUCAAGCCGGGAUAGUCCGUUGCAACAAUGCUGAAGCAUUGCAGCAGGAGUGCAUAUCUUUUGGGAACCGAUAUAGCGCCGAUGCUGCAAAGAACAGUCAGCCGCGGCCCGUCGUUAGGUCACAGGUGUCCCUUUGA